AUGACCACCCUCUCUCCGGAAAACAGCCUCUCUGCCAGGCAGUCUGCCUCCUUCAUCCUGGUGAAGAGAAAGCCAGCCAUCGACAAGACGGAAUGGGAAGGCUUCUUUGGUGAGAACGGUCACUUGGCCAAGCCCCGAGACUUCAUUUGUAUUGACAUCCUGGAGAGGGGUCUGCACCCCUGUGUGAGGACAGAAGCCUGGAAGUUUCUCACGGGCUACUACUCAUGGCAGAGCUCCCAGGAUGAGCGGCUCACAGUGGACAGCACAAGGAGGAAGAACUAUGAGGCCUUAUGUCAGAUGUAUCAGAAGAUUGAACCCCUUCUGGAAAACCUGCACCGGAACUUCACAGAGACUCGGAACAACAUCGCGUCUGACAUCCAGAAACUCUACGACAGAGGCCCUCAGGGUAAUGUCCUGAUUGACAAGAAGAAGCUGGAGAAGACCCUGCUCCUGAGUUACGUCUGCAACACCCAGGCAGAGUACCAGCAGGGCUUCCCCGAGAUGGUGAUGCUUUUCCAGCUCAUGGUGGAAUGUGACCACGAGACCUUCUGGCUUUUUCAGUUCUUCCUGCAGAAAAUGGAACACAGCUGUGUCAUCAACAUCGGGGUGGACAAAAACCUAGACAUGCUCAACAUCCUGAUCAACUUCCUGGACCCCGUAUUUGCUGAGCAUCUCAAAGGGAAGGGUGCAGGGACUGUGCAGUCCCUCUUCCCCUGGUUCGGCUUCUGCUUCCAGCGUGCCUUCAAGUCCUUUGAUGACGUCUGGAGGCUCUGGGAGGUCCUGCUCACGGGGAAGCCCUGCCGGAACUUCCAGGUGCUGGUGGCCCACAGCAUGCUGCAAAUGGUGCGCAAGCAGGUGUUGCAAGAGAACAUGGCUGGCGACGCCAUCCUGCUGGCCUGCAACUGCCUCAUUGACCUCGAUGCCGACGAGCUGAUCUCGGCUGCCUGCAUGGUGUACGCUGAGCUCGUCCAGAAGGAUGUUCCUCAGCCAUUAAAGGAUUUCUUUCUCUGAAGACCCUCACAAUGGACAGAUGCCCUCAACAGACAAGAUAAAGGUGGUGCUUCAGCUGUGAGGUCAGGA